UCCUUCACAGGUCUCUGCUGUUUCAUUGGUGUACUAGCACAGACAGAGAUUCGAAGUGUAUCUGAGGAAAACGUGACCCUGCCGUGUCAGCACAGAUUGGGAUUGGUGGGAAACAACUUGGACAUUGAGUGGCUUUCAAAUGCUUCUGACCACGGUCAAAAAGUGAUCCUCAGUUACAGUGGAGGACAAGUCUAUGAAAAUGAAGACCUGAAAGGCCGUUACAGUUUCAGUUCCAACUUCUUAGCUGGGGAUGCUGCCAUAUUUAUCAGAUCUCUGGAGCCCAGUGAUGCCGGCCUGUACACCUGCAAAGUGAAAAACGCUGGCCAGUAUGAAUGGAGCUAUAUCAGACUGAAGAUUCUAGUGAAGCCUUCUGAACCUGACUGUUGGGUUGAAGGGGAUCAGAUAGCAGGAAGAAAUAUCACUUUGCAUUGCAAUUCAUUAGUUGGGACACAACCGAUGGCCUAUCGGUGGGAGCGGAUAAAGCAAACGGGUGAUAUCGCAGUGGCCUUACCAAGUACUGCCCGCUUGGACACAGCCCAGCGACUAGUGCUGAAAAAUUUGAGUGCGGCAGACAAUGGCUCUUACCGCUGUGUUGUCAGUAAUGAAGUUGGAAAAAGGAUAUGUAAUAUAAAUUUGACAGUAAAAUCUCCUCAUAAUGUGGCUUUUCUUGCCGGAACAGUCUGUGGAACUGUGGGUGGUGUGCUUCUCUUGUUUUUUAUCUGCUGGAUAGUUUUACGAAAAAAAGAGCUCAAGAAAAGGGAAGAAGAUGAAUUUCUUAACGAAAUUAGGGAGGAUGCUGAAGCUCCCAAAGCUCGGCUGAUGAAACCUGGAUCAAGCUCCUCAGGCUCCAGAAGCUCACGCUCAGGUUCUUCAUCCACCCGCUCCACAACCAACAGUGCCUCUCGCAGCCAACGAACUCUUUCAACACAAGAAACUCCUCGCGGAGAAUUAAGACAUCACUGCCUGGAGCAGAUAUAG